AUGGGGGUGAAGGCCUUGGUGCUUGAUGAAGCUGAUCAUUUACUAGACAUGGGAUUUCUCAAAGAUAUUGAGAAGAUAAUCGCUGCAAUCCCUAAACAACGACAAACACUUAUGUUUUCUGCAACAAUUCCCGACGAGGUGCGCCAAGUCUGCCAUAUUGUUAUGAAAAGGGAUUUUGAAUAUAUUAAUACAGUUCAGGAGGGUAGUGAGGAUACACAUUCACAGGUCCGCCAAAUGCAUUUAGUUGCACCAUUAGACAAGCAUUUCCCUUUACUCUAUGCUAUUCUGAAGGAGCACAUUGCAGAUGAUGUUGACUACAAGGUUCUUGUUUUCUGCACAACCGCUAUGGUCACAAGACUUGUUGCUGAUCUCCUUGGGGAGUUGAACUUGAAUGUGAGAGAAAUCCAUUCAAGAAAGCCUCAGAGUUAUAGAACCAGAGUUUCUGAUGAAUUCCGGAAGUCAAAGGGUCUCAUCUUGGUUACUUCGGAUGUAUCUGCACGUGGAGUUGAUUAUCCAGAUGUUACUCUUGUUGUACAGGUUGGUCUACCGGCUGAUAGAGAACAAUAUAUACAUCGACUAGGUAGAACGGGGAGAAGAGGAAAAGAAGGGCAGGGCAUUCUGCUACUAGCUCCUUGGGAAGAGUUCUUUUUAGCUACUGCAAAAGAUUUACCUAUUGGGAAAGCUCCGGUCCCUUCAGUUGAUCCUGACACUAAGAAAAAGGUGGAAAGGGCUCUAUCCAAUGUGGAGAUGAAAAAUAAAGAAGCAGCAUAUCAGGCAUGGCUUGGUUACUACAACUCUAACAAGAAAGUGGGGAAAGAUAAGUAUAGGUUAGUGGAGCUUGCAAAUGAGUUCAGUCGAUGCAUGGGGCUUGAUAGCCCUCCAGCUAUUCCUAAGCUUGUCCUUGGCAAGAUGGGUCUUAAAAAUAUCCCUGGUUUACGUUCCAAAUAG